AUGCCGCCGCGCAGCGACACGGUCCACGCCGACGCGCGCCGCUUCCUCGACGAGCGCGGCUCCUCCGCCGCCCUCGCCCCCAACGGCCUCAACCCCGCCACCAUCAUGGAAAAGGCCGUCAGGGACCGCAUCACCGAGUCCUACUUCUACAAGGAGCAGUGCUUCGCCCUCAACGAGGCCGACGUCGUCGACCGCGUCGUCGAGCACGUGCGCUUCGUCGGCGGCACCCACGGCGACGCCCAGAAGCCCAGCCCCUUCCUGUGCCUGGCCUUCAAGCUGCUCGAGCUGGCGCCCGGCGACGACAUCCUGCGCGAGUACCUGGCCCACGGCGGCGCGCACUUCAAGUACCUGCGCGCCCUGGCCUGCUUCUACGUGCGCCUGACGCGGCCGGCGCGGGACGUGUACGCGUCGCUCGAGCCGCUGCUGCGCGACGGGCGGAAGCUGCGCCGCCGCGGGCGGGCGGGCACCUCGCUGACCUUUGUCGACGAGUUUGUCGACGACCUGCUGACCAAGGAGAGGGUGUGCGCGACCAGCCUGUGGAAGAUGCCGGCGCGGGAGGUGCUGGAGGACCUGGAGGUGCUGGAGCCGCGGGUGAGUCCGCUGGGGGACUGGGAGGCGUUGCUGGAGGGGGAUGAUGAUGAUGAUGAUGAUGAUGAUGAUGAAGGGGGUGAUGGAGUUGGUGAUGAAGGGCAUGGUGAUGAGGGAGAGGCAGACGCGGAUGCCAUGGAUGUGGACGGCAGGGAAGCCAGUCGCGAUGGGUCAAGGUCGCAUUGA